AUGCGAGGCCUCCAGGGUCGCGGCAGCCAGGAACGCCCGGCAGGUGACAGGCGUUUGACUCCCAAACAGGGUGUGCGGUGCGCCCGAGCAGGGAUUGGGGUGGACGGUGGGACCGUGGAUGGGGACAGGAGAAAACCUCUCGAGGAAAUUGGUCCAGGUGGGGAGAAAAAGGAGCCCACAGCGGGAGCACUUGGGACCCAGAUGGGAAGGACAGAUUGUGACCGAGGCGGGGACGGAGCCCAGGGGCCGGUGCUCGGGAUCUGGAAAGACUUUGGCGCCCAGACUCCCAGAACAGCCCUAUCCUGGGUUGAUCAGGCCGGUCCGGGGCAUCAGACCCACCAGAUCACUCAUCACUUCCUGGGCCUUAAAAUGCCCGUGGCUGCCGAGUCUUGUCCAUCAGAGAAUAGGCGGGGGAAGGAAAUAAACGCCACGCCCCUUUGGGCAGCUUAG